AGUGGGGAUGGUAAUAUGGUCAAUUCUAGUGGGUUUGUCGCCGUUUUCAAGUGUCCGUCGUAAAGAUUCGCAGCGAUCUGUGCCGCAACACGACGCCGUAGAAAUGUUCUCCGCACAUGUGCCGGAGGGCGAAGUCAGAACAUAGAGCACGGAGGAGAGGAGAGAGAGCUGAGCUGUGUGGAGGAGAAGCGCAGGUCUGCGGACUGUAACAUAGAUGGAUCGAAAAUCAAAGAAUGUGUCGGCUUCAAAGACGUCCAGGAAAAGGAAGGCUUCCAGGCCGAGACAGAAACGCAAGGCACAAGAGUCCUUCAAACCACCAGAGAAGAAGUCCAAAGUAGGUACAGACAGAUUAUCCAAGUGUGAGAAAACAGAGUUGCAGAGACCCCAGAAGAUCAAAAGGACAUAUGAAAGGAGACAGUCCCAGCGCCUCUACGCGGUGCCCCCAGAGGAGUCUACCAGCGAGUCAUCCUGCUCCUCACUGACCAAUGGCGGUGAGGAAGGUGCCACACUAGCCAGGGGAUUGCAUAGUGGGACGGAGGCAAAAGUGGGCACGGUGAGGUCAGAGGUCAGACAGGACAGAGGGACCAUAGUGAAAGGAAAACGGAAGCAGAGACGUAGCUGCAAGCCUGCCAACAAAAAUGUUGCUAAGGAAUCAAAAGAUUCAGUGCCUGGUUUGGGAUGUAGUGAGAAGAAGAUCCACAAGGAAGACAAAGAGCCUGAGCAGAGGGCCAAAGACAAUGAGGUUAACAAAGAAUCUCCAUGCUACAUUCCAGGGAGUCAGGAGGAACUGUGGAAUCUCCAGAUUGUGGGAAAAGGUCGCGUGACCUGCCCGAAGUGCAAAACUGUCAGCAGGAAGACUGUUGAGGGCUUGAAAAAACACAUGGCAAACUGCAAGCUGAAUCCCUUCACUUGUCAGCACUGUGGGAAACAGCUCAAGUCCUUAACUGGCAUGAAGUACCACCUGAUGGCAGACCACAACGACUUGCCCACCUCUGUGGAUGGCAGCGAAGACGACAGCCAGGCUGUGAAGGAGAAGCUGAGGAAGGUGUUGAAGCGAAUGGGCAAACUGAAGUGCUCCAAGGAGGGUUGCAACGGGAGCUUCACCAGCGUCAUGGGGUACUUGUACCAUACAAGGAAGUGUGGCAAGGAGGAGGCUGAGCUGGAGAAGCUCGUGCUCAACUGCCAGCACUGUGGGAAGGCCUACAAGUCCAGAGCAGGGCUGGAGUACCACCUGAAAUCUGAACAUACCCCGAGCACAGAAAAGGCCGAAGACAUCAAGGACAGGACUCCUCCAAAAGAGGUGGACCCUGAGAGGACCCCCAGUGGGAGGGUGAAGAGGAUAUCAGCCCAGGUUGCCAUCUUUCACCUUCAGGAGAUUGCCAGCGAGGAGCUGCUAAAGGAGUGGCCCAAGAGGAAGGUGCAGCAGGACCUGGUGCCGGACGACAAGAAGCUAAAGUACGCUCGACCUGGGCUUCCCGCUUUCAGCCAGGAGGUUCUCCGGAAGUGGAAGAAUGAAGUGAAGCUGCAGCGGAAAGUGCAGUGUCCAAACCAGGGCUGCGACUCAGUCUACACCAGUGUCUCUGGGCUCAAAGCUCACCUUGGACUUUGUUCGAGGGGUGACUUUGAGGCUGGAAAAUACAAGUGCUUGAUAUGUGAUAAAGAGUUCAGCUCAGAAAGUGGUGUGAAGUAUCACAUCAACUCCAUCCAUGCCCAGGACUGGUUUGUUGUAAACUCUAAAGCAUCCAAGAGUUUUGAGAAGCUCUUGAAGACAAAGCCCAAGGAGAACUACGUGAAGGCCCGUGCAAAGCACAAACCCACGCUGAGGUUCACGCUGGAGCCCAAGGCCUGGCAGGACCGGAGGCCCCGAGUUGGCCCUGCACCAGGCCUGAGGGCCAAGCCAAGCGUUGUGAAUGUGGAGCGCAAGGCGAAGGAAGCUCCAAACAGCAAGGAGAAGGACUGCUAUGACUUCAGUGGCAGUGACAGCCCUAGCAGCACCUCCAGCAGCGAUAGCUCCAGCAGUGAGUCGGAGCCCGAGGAGCCUGAAACUCCAAAACACGACAAGUGGGCAUUGAAGAGGCCCAUGGCUAGGUCUGACACAGCCAGGCAGGCCAAGAGCUCUUAACCCCACCCUCAGUCUCCAUGGUAACAAAGUUAUUUCCAAACUCCACCCUGUAAGUGCUCUAACACAGUCCUUUUAUAACCCCACCCCCUGGUCGCCACAACGACCGUGUUCUUUCCUAAUAGCAAAACGUGGUCUCUUUGGUCUGUCGUUGUGCUGCUCUGCACAACAGAAUUGAUCAUUUCUAAUACAUAUUUUCACAGAGUAUUUUCUCACACUUAUUUUGCACCCUUCUGUUUCACAUUUUUUGUGUUGUACAUCCCAUUUUAAGAGGUUUUAUGAUCAUCUAGGAACAAGCUGCCUCCUCUCAGCCAUAGGAAAGACAGAAUGUUGAUUGAUUGAGGGGGUGUUAGUUUGAGUAUUAGAUUUAGUAGAUCUGGUAAAUCUUGCCACCAGCAAACUGUCGUGAACCUUGGAAUGAGGAACAUUAUCUGCAGAAUACAGUGUGAGCGUUAUUGCCUGGGACAGACCAGCAGGAAACUUUCAAUGUAGGUACAAGAAGAUCAGCUGGCGGUGAGGAUCUGGUCAUCAAAUAUCUAAUAGUCAAGCCAUAGAUACCGUUUCUAUAUAUUUACUCAUUGAUGCAGGUCAUUUAGGGUAAUAAUUUAACAUCCAUAAACACUGAGCUUUCCAUGUAUGCAGAAUAAAAAAAAAAUGAAAUGCAGUGAUUUUAAUUCACCCAUUUACCGCAUUUGCAAUAGAGACAUUACAUCUGUUUUAAUAAAAUUUAUAGGCUUUAUUUGUGUGGGUCAAGCAGCUUUUAGUGUCAAUGGUUGAAAAACGAUUUCUGUCCAUUCCCAAAGACUGGGCAGCAAGCUGUGAAUGCUCAAGGUUUAAAAGACAUAAUAAAGAUGAAUACAGAGACUUUUUCUAUGUAAAGCAACAACCUGACAACUUGAAAAGAAGAAUAAGAUAAAAGUGAAAUGGGAACAACCAAAAAGAGAAAUAUUGUUGAGAAAAAGUAACAUUUUUAACUCUUUGUCUUCCAUUUGUCAUCAGGUUAUUUCUGCCAUUCCUGUCUUAUAAACAAGCAUUUUACAGUUAUUUUUACUUUGACUCUUAAUUCUUUGCCAUAUUACUUAUUCUGUAUUGUACAUAAAGGCAGCAUGCAACAUUAUUCUUGAUGCCAUUUUGAUUGUGUUCAUUAAUACAUAUUGAUGCCCACUGACAGUUAACUGCAGCACCUGUUGUUUUGGUUUGCUUCAUUUACCUGUUUAUGUUGAGCUAUUUAGAAUCAAGUUC